GAAUUCCAGUCUGAAGAUAAUAUAUCUGAUGAAUACUAAAAUGGAAAAACUAAACAUGAAAGCAUUUGAGGGACAAAAGAGACUUAAAACAUAUAUUUCACCACAACACGCAACUGAGGGUGUUUCAGCAGACCAAAAAGCUCUCUUCGUCGCUCUGACCGAAGCUGGUUUUGCCGACGGGAAUCAGACGUACAGAGCACCCUGUCCGACAGGCACUUUCGUUCCUCAUCUUAAAAACUUUCAGUACGGUGCAGCUAUGAUGGCAAAGUGUAUUCCUUGCCCUCCAGGUGGUUUUUAUUCUGAUAGUGUGGCAACCGUCGCCGAAGAAUGCUUGCGAUGUAACCUGGGAACGUAUGUUCCCCCGGAGAAUGCGCCGGGGAAAAAAGUCCUGGACUGCGAAGUGUGCCCCACAGGUACUAGGACAAAUCUUCACUCCGGCCACAGAGCCUGUAAAUGUAUUAAGGGAUUCCACCGCAACGAUCGAUUUGGUCCCUGUGAGAGUUGUCCCUCCAAAGGCCUAGAUUGUCUGAAUGAAUCAGUUUCACUAAAGAAAGGAUAUUACUGGCAAUGGAAUUCUCAAAUGAACAGGCGCGCCUAUGAAGCUUUUGCCAAAAAUCUAAAAAUCGAAAACGACACUUACCUCAGAAAUUCCACCUCUUAUAACGGAACCCUUCCGAUUCCAUACCAGUGUCCCCAGGUUGUAGCAUGCCUGGGAGGACUGGAGUCGAAAUGUGCCAAAGGGUAUACAGGUCCCUUGUGUGAGGUGUGCGAGGAUGGAUUCUAUAAACGGGUCCUCUCAUGUAAGUCUUGUCCGUCCAGUACCUGGGUCAUCGUGCAGCUGUGCCUUUUAGGAGGGGGUGUUGUUUUGCUCAUAGGUAUUCUUAUUUGGAGUGGUAGGAGAGAAAAAUCCAAGGAAAAACGUCCUUUGGUUGACAUCUUGUUAGCCAGGCUAAAGAUUGUGAUUGGCUUCUAUCAGGUCACAUCCGGGAUAGUUGAGGCUUUUGUCUAUGUAAAGUGGCCAUCAUCUUUGUCUAUGAUCGGUGAUUAUGCAGAAGUAAUCCAGCUAAACGUCCUGCAGUUUGUACCUCUUCAUUGCUUAUUUCCAUCCUGGAAGCAAGAUGCUUUUAGCAAAAUGUACGUGAUUUUCGGUAGUAAUUUUUGCGUAAUGUUUCUUGCGUUCGGUUGCUAUUGGAUAAAGAAACUUUUUCUCUUAAGAAAACCAACAUCAGAGUCUUUAGAAGUGAAGGAUUCUCUAUCCGCAACGAAAGAGUUCCUGUAUCGUAACGUAUUUCUAUAUCUCUUCAUAACUUACCCAAGCACUAGUUCGGCGAUAUUAAGGACCCUCCCAGUCGCUUGCCACAAGCUGUGCACUGAAAUGUCCUGCAAGUUCUACCUUAAAGCAGACUACAGCGUCGAGUGCGAGGGUAAAAAGUACGAGUUUUUCACACUGUUUGCCUUCGUUGCUUCGUCUUACAUUGUUCUCCUUCCAGCGCUUAUCUUUGUGGCUUUGUGGAGACGUAGGAGAAAGCAAGUUCUGGCAGUUGAAAAUGGUGAAGAGGGGUCAAUUGACGAAUCAGAGCUAAUCUCAGGAAUGAGCUUCCUUUACGAGAACUACAACGAUGACGCAUGGUACUGGGAACUUGUAGAGGUGAUACGGAAGCUCGUGUUGACUUGUGGGAUUAUUCUGAUUGGGCGUGAGAGCAGAGCUUAUGUUGGUCUGGCCUCGAUCUGUUCCGGAUUGUUUGCUAUUGUUUAUGCCUUCCGCAAGCCAAUCAGGGACGAAUUUGAGGACAAACUGCAGCUGACAUCUCUCCUUGUGAUAUUUCUCAAUCUCGGUAUUGGAGUGAUUUUGAAGAUCCCAAAAGAAUCUGUCCCUUCCGAUGUGGAUCAACAUGUCGAUUCAUUGCUGGUGAACAUUCUCGUUGUUGGAGCAAACAUUUUGGUUAUUUUGCUUGUUGUGGGUCGCUAUCUUGCUGUAUUGCUACACAACUUUAUGAUGUGGCGCAAAAACCCGCAGUGUUCCGCAACCUGCUGCAUCACCAUGCUUCUAUCCUUGAAUGAUUUGGGUAGUGGCGUGAAUUCAGUAGCUGCAGGUGGCAAGUCUUCUGGGCUCAAGCUACAACUAGGCGUGGGUGGUGUGGAUAUGCCAUCUAUGCGAGCAGCUGUGAGCGACAAUGUAGGAUUUGAAAUAGAAGAAGUUGACGAGGAAGCGGAGAACAAAAAUAAGGGAAAGAUUGUUAAAGCUGUCCACAGGUUUAUGUCAAAAGACGAAGGAGGUGACACUGGGACGGAAACAAAACACACAGACAGCCCAGUCUCAGAUGGGCGUCGUUUUAAUCGUUUUCCAUCCAUUAAAUCAACAGUUUUGCAGUCUUAG